GACAAGAGUUGGUUUCCAUAGAGACUGUGCAUGGUAGAGGCGAACGAUCAGCUAAGCUAGUUCAUCUACGCCAGCGGGAGAGGAGGAACCAGUGCAUGUUUUGCUGUAACGUUACAGUGCUCGCAGAUCAAAAUGUCCUUCAGAGACUUAAGAAAUUUCACAGAAAUGAUGAGGGCUUUGGGCUACCCUCGGUUGAUAUCUAUGGAGAACUUCAGAACGCCAAACUUCACUUUAGUGGCAGAAAUCCUAGUAUGGCUUGUAAAGAGAUAUGAGCCUCAGAUGGAUAUUCCCACUGAUGUCGAUACAGAGUCAGACAGAAUAUUCUUCAUCAAGGCCGUAGCCCAAUUUAUGGCAACUAAGGCUCAUAUCAAGUUGAACACCAAGCGUCUCUACCAGGCUGAUGGCUACGCAGUGAAAGAGAUGCUCAAAAUAACCUCAGUGCUGUACAGUGCCAUGAAGACCAAGCAGAUGGCCCUGGGAGACCGAAUCGAGGAGGACAACAGCAAAUUCAAGUUUGACCUCGGCUCACGGAUUUCUGAUCUUAAAGCUGCUCGGCAGCUAGCAUCUGAAGUCACUUCUAAAGGAGCAUCGCUGUAUGAUUUACUGGGGAAAGAGGUGGAACUAAGGGAAAUGAGAACUGCGGCCAUUGCCAGACCUCUGGAAAUCAAUGAGACUGAAAAGGCCCUGAGAGCCUCCAUCAAAGAGGUUUUGGAAAGCGUGGAAAAGACCAAAGACAUGCUGAGUAACGUUGUUUCUGAUGAAAGCAGUCUGGACAAUAAGAUAGAAAAGAAGAAGCAGGAGCUGGAGAGGAAUCGAAAGAGGCUCCAGACACUGCAGAGUGUCAGGCCGGCCUUCAUGGAUGAAUAUGAGAAGAUUGAGGAAGAUCUGCAGAAGCAAUACGACACCUUUGUAGAAAAGUUCAGGAACCUCUGCUUCCUGGAGUCACAGCUGGAUGAAUACCAUAGACUGGAGCAGGAGAGGUUUGAGGAGGCUGAAAAUACACUGAAGAUGAUGCAGCACAAAUUAAGGGAGGAGGAGAGGGAUCUGAUGAGGAGUUCUUUGAAAGAUGAGGAUUCUGACAUGGACGUUCUAGAGGAUGAGGGUUCAGACAGCGACAUGGAAGAGUGUCGACCUUCUAAGCCACGCCCCACACGAAACGGCAUCAUGGCAGGAAGAGGAGCUCGAUUUAUUGGGAACAUGCAAGGUGGUGAUAGUGAUGAGACUGAAGACAGUGAAAUUGAUGUGGACGAGGAUGAUGAGGAAGAUGAGGAAGGUGAGGAGGGGGAGAGCAAGGAUUUGGAAGAUGACAGUCUGGAGGGCCCCGUGUCCAGGGGUGCUCGCCCCUCCAGGGGAGGCAUGAGACCACCUCUGCUGGAGGAGAGCGACAAUGACUUCUGAGAGAAGAACACACACACGCAUAUAGAUUUCCAGCUGUUUCCAGCUCAGAUCAGACCAUCUCAUUACUUCUCAGAAAAAUGCAUUAAUAAUUAUGUUCACUGUGUAAAUCAUCUUGUUAUUGCAAGUAUCAAUAUAGUUCCUAUUUUUGAAUAUUUGUGUAAGCUGUUUAUAUGUCAA